CAGGAGCAGGAGAGCAGGAGAGAAGGAGGCGGCGGGAGAGACUUGUGUGAUCCAGAAGGUCUUGGAGAGUCCCCUCUUGAAGGCGAAAUUUUCACGGAAGCUCUAUUUGUGCAGACUUCAAGCUGUGAGCCCCUGGGGAGCCUGAAGUCAAGCUCUCUGGCCUGCCUUCUCUGCAGUGAAGUCCCCUCAAGUUGCGGCCCCCUCCCCCCACUUGGCAGGAAGCUUCUUGCACUCUGAGUGGCCCCAUGGGAGAAACUUGAGUGAGGGCCUCUGGAGCGGAAUUUCUUUGUUAAACUUGAGGACUUUCGUGAAGCCCAUCAGCUGGAGAUGUUUUUGUUUUAGGUACAUGGAGGGCUGAACCUAAGUGGGAUUUUCUGCUAUCCCUCGCUCCCUUGUCUGGCCUGACCCAACCUGGCCUGGGCCUUGGUAGAAGCUAUCCAUGAAAUUGCAUCAUGACUCCGAGGUUCAAGGUGCCAAGCACGACGUUCCCGCCUGAGAAACCAUUUUGAUGGCGGCCGGGUGGCUCGCGGGCAGGGUGGCGAAGAAGCACUAAUAUGAGGUGCUGCACCCACUGCUGCAUCCAGCUGUUCCCCACAGACUUGAACGGGCAGUGUUUCGGCUGCCGGGACCCUUCUCCCCAGCACCGAAAGUGUCCCGGUUGCAGGCCCGAUAACCAAAUUCUGUUGCAUGUGGAUGGCAAGCCGACAAACCUGCUCGCGGUUUUAGACGUGAGACCUGAGGCCAGGGAAGGCUGGGGUGGGUCUUUGCGCACCAGAAGAGGGAAGAGGUGCAGCAUCGUCUUGGGAUUGGUCAUAAUGACUCUGGUGAUGGCGUCGUACAUCCUGCCGGGUGCGCAGCAUGCGCUGCUGCUGCUCCCGUCCCCGUUCCAAACAGGGGCUUUUACGAACGAUCCCAGCUUAAUGGGUGGUGGCAACCUGAGUGAUGGGAAAGACCAGUCUCAACCCUCUGUGGCCAAUAGUUCUCAUGCAAGGGCUUCUCCGAGCAUUAGGCUGAUUCUCAGCACGAUCGCUUCGAAGGUCGAGUUUAAAGCCCGGCAGCUGCCAGACCCGGGAGACCUGGAGAAACAGGAGACGCACAUGUUUUCAGUUAUUCCUAGGAAAUUUCUUCCAAACAGUAAGAAUCCUUGUUGGUAUGACGAGUACAGAGGCCGAAAUGCCUCCGACCCUUACACCAAGAACUCCUACGCGUUAUAUUCGAAGCGUUUUCGAUCCACCUUCGAUUCCCUCAGGAAGGACUUCUGGGCCCACUUGUAUCACCACCAGGAGAAACAUUACCGGCUGCGCUGCCUCCCCAGCUUCUACAUCAUCGGGCAGCCCAAGUGUGGGACCACGGACCUUUAUGAUCGCCUCAAGCUGCACCCCGACGUCAAGUUCUCGACUAUCAAGGAGCCUCACUGGUGGACGAGAAAGCGAUUCGGGAUCGUUCGCCUGCGAGAUGGGCUUCGUGACCGCUAUCCAGUGGAAGAUUACUUGGACCUGUUCGAUUUUGCUACCCAUCAAAUUCAGCACAGUCUUGAGGGGGACUCAACAAAAGGCCACAGCAAGAUGAAUAAAAUCGUCAUCGGAGAGGCCAGCGCUUCAACCAUGUGGGACAACAAUGCCUGGAAUUUCUUCUACGACAACAGUUCAGCUGGGGAGCCUCCAUUUCUGGUCCAGGACUUCAUCCACGCCUUCCAGCCAGAUGCCAAACUCAUCGUGAUGCUGAGGGACCCAGUCGAGAGAUUGUAUUCAGACUAUCUCUACUUUGCAAGCUCCAAUAAAUCUGCAGAGGACUUUCAUGAAAAAGUGGCUGAAUCCCUGCAGCUGUUUGGAAAUUGCUUGUUGGAAUAUGCGCUGAGAGCCUGCGUCUACAACAACACACUUAACAACGCGAUGCCGGUGAGGUUGCAGGUGGGGCUGUAUGCUGUUUAUCUCCUGGACUGGCUGGCCAUCUACGAGAAAGAGCAGAUCCUGGUUUUGCGCCUGGAGGACCACGCGGCUAACGUCAGGCACACCAUGCAUAAGGUCUUCCAGUUUCUGAAUUUAGGGCCCCUGAACGAGAAGCAGGAAGCCCUGGUCACCCGGAGUCCUGCGUCCAACACGCGGCGGCCAGAGGACCGCAACCUGGGGCCCAUGUGGCCAGUGACAAGAGAGAUCCUCCUCGCCUUCUACCAGCCCUUCAACGCCAAGCUGGCCCAGGUCCUGGGCAGUGCUGCUUUCUUAUGGAAAAUGUCACCGUGAGGCAGUCGGGAGGACAGGGGGCAGCCGUCGUGGCCCCACGUGAAGAUGCUUCCAUUCCUGGGUUCCAUUUUCCCAUUGCGAGGAAUGUGCUUCCUAACUCCCUAGCUGUCUGCAUUCUGCGGGACAAAACCCUCAGCGUGUCUCUGAGUUGAUUGCCUGGUGGCGGUCAUCUGACCCCUUCCCACAGCUCUCCCCUGCCCCCCACCCACCCCAUCACU